UGUCAAGGUUUACAAUCGACUGUAUUGGAUCCUGUGCAUUCGGCGUUAAUACGAAGGCUAUGAAACUUGACGAUGGCAGCAACCCAUUCGUGAAGAUAGGGCAAAAGAUUUUCGAUGCCUCUAACAUCAGAGGUUUUAAAGUUGUCAGUCGCGUUAUUUGGCCUUCAAUUUUCUACAAUUUAGGUUUCAAAGCCUUUCCAUCAGAGAUUCCCGAGUUUUUCAGCAAACUCCUCACUAAUGUUUUUGAACAGCGUCAAUAUAAGAAUUUAGGCAGACACGACUUUGUAGAUUUAGUAUUGGGUCUGAGGAACGAUAAAUUUAUAACAGGUGACAGUAUCAGUAACUUAAAGAGUGAAAAGAAGAAAAUAACACUGGAAGUCGAUCAUGAUCUAUUAACUGCCCAGUGUAUGCUGUUCUUCGCAGCUGGGUUUGAAACAUCAGCUACCACACUGAGUUUUAUGCUUUUUGAAAUGGCAAAGAAUCCAGAAAUACAAAAACGAGUGUUACAUGAAGUAGACGAUUACUUUUCGAAGAACGAUAAACUAUCGUACGAAUGUGUUAGUGAGACGCCUUUUCUAGAUGCUUGCAUCAAUGAAACAUUAAGGCUGUAUCCUGUAGUUGGUGUUUUGACAAGAGAACUUGUUGAAUAUUACAAACUUCCUUCUGGAGUGCUUUUAAAUAAAGGUAUGCGCAUUCAUAUACCAGUUCAACAUACACAACGAAAUUCGGAACAUUUCCCUGAUCCAGAUGUCUUCAGGCCGGAAAGGUUUAUGGGCGAUGAAAAAGAAAAUAUCAAACCAUUCACCUAUAUGCCGUUUGGAGAAGGUCCUAGAACAUGUAUUAGAAUGAGAUUCGCCAAGACAGGCCUCCUCACGAUCCUGAGAAAAAUUCGAGUUGAAAUGGCACCAGACACCCAUAUGACAGUGGAAUUAGAACCACGCGCGCUGACCACUCAACCUAAACAUGGAAUAUAUUUGAAAUUCAUACCGAGAGAAAUAUCUUGCUGAUUUUACCGGCUUAUAUAUUUCGAGAAAUAUUAUACGUGUU